UUGGCGCUUUCGGAAUCCCCAGCAACCCGAAUAAAUUCCGAAGCUGCACGGGGACAACCCUCCCUUUACCGAGCAUUUCUGGCUGAAGGGAUAGAGGAUAACGUGAGGAAAUAAAACAGCGUCGCAGAUUUCAGGCUUUGGCACCAAGAUAAAUCAAUAACAAUGUCUGACAAACCAGAUAUGGCUGAAAUUGAGAAAUUUGACAAGUCUAAGUUGAAGAAGACAGAAACGCAAGAGAAAAACCCACUGCCUUCAAAAGAAACAAUUGAACAGGAGAAGCAAGCGGGUGAAUCGUAAUGAAAUGGGCCCUUCCAAAUUAUGCACUGUACAUUCCACAAGCAUUGCCUUCUUAUUUUACUUCUUUUAGCUGUUUUAACUUUGUAAGAUGCAAAGAGUUGGAUAAAUUUAAAAUGACUGUACUGCCCCUUUCACAUCCCCCCCCCCCAAAAAAGAACAGAGUGAACUACUGACGCUGAACGAAGGCACCUUCCUUUCCAUCUGCCUGUCCAGCUUCUGGUCCAGUGGCACAAAAGCUUGCAUGUUUCUUGAAAGAAGAUUCUAAGAGGGACUACAGUAAUCUAAUAACACAUGAAUAUACGCAAAGCUGUACCAGGGUCCUGCGAGCUGUAAAAUGCAUUUUAAUCGAGUGCCAUUUUUUUGUUCAAAUUUUAAUUAUUGGAAUGCACAAUUUUUUUAAUAUGCAAAUAAAAUGUUUUAAAACCUG